AUGUCUGAUGAAUCAACGUCUAAUGCUAAAAAAAGUCGUUCCUUGAGUGACGCAGAACGUCGCCUUAUACGAAGACAAAAAAGAAUUUUAAAUAAUGCGAAUGGCAGACUAGACCGAAUCACAUCUACUCAUUCAAGCAGCCCUCUUGCCACCGAGGAUACGGAUCCACAAAAACUAUUUAAUAAUGAAAAUCCUCCUGUUUCUUCUUCAACUUUAGGCGAUAAACUAUUUCAUAAAGAUCAUGAAAAUCCUCCUGUUUCUCCUUCAAUGUUAGACGAUAAACUAUUUCAUAAAGAUCAUGAAAAUCCUCCCGUUUCUUCAACUUUAAACGAUAAACUAUUUCAUAAAGAUCAUGAAAAUCCUCCUGUUUCUUCAAUUUUAGAUGACGAUAAUGAUGGAUUUUUUGUGAACAAUGAACAUUCUAGGAGAAAAUUAACAAAUCUUGAUCCAGCAAAUAGUAGUACACCCUUCCCAUUUCUGCCAUUUCUUAAUCCUGAUCUAAUAAAUCCUGUUCCUCCUGUUCAACAGUUAGAUUUUCAAUCUAAAUUAUGGCAAUUAAUCCAUUUUUUUGCAAUGAUUAUGUUGGGAUUGCUCGUAACCUGGUUUGAAGUACUUCGGCGAGAUGGUAGUUGGAGUCGAUUUACUAAGUUGACUUACAGAAAUCCGAAUGAAAUUUCUGAGACUGAUCGUCCACUAUUUUGGUAUUUUAUAACUAUUGAGUUGAUUCUUCAAUCUUCUCGAUUAUUUAUACAAAAGGGUCGAACAUUUGGAGGCACAACUCUAGGUGCAAUAGCAGCGAGCUUACCACCUCCACUUUCUGAUGCACUUACGUUGUUAAUGAGAUACAACCUUAUUUGGAAUAGUCUUUGGGAAGAUGUUUGUGUGCAUAAGGAUCUAGCAGGAGUAUUUAUUUCUUUGGGUGAAAAUAGUCAUCGAUAUGGAUAA